CGGUCCCAGCCAAUCAGUGCGGGUGGAGGGGCAGACAGUGGGUUUGUAUGUGGCGGCUGAGGGCCGGAGAGCGAAGGAGCCGAGGGUUAGUGAGGCUCUAGUAUAAAACAUGAGGCUCUAUGAGGGACGAAUCAGAUCUUUUCAGGCUCCUGUCACUGUUCAUAAUUAUCCCAGCAGCCACGUUUAUGUGUUUACAAAUGGCCGAUCAGAUCCGGAUGAGUCAUCAGAGGAGGAAUCUGAAUUCAUGGAAUUACGUCCAAGGGGCAAGGAGCAGCAGAGAAGCAGUUCUUCCCAAGAGAGAGCUGGGGAUGUGGUGCUACUGGAACGAGAGCUCACCGAGGGCGAUAACCUUAACAAGCUAGCGCUGCAGUAUGGGUGUAAAGUUGCAGAUAUCAAACGUGUCAACAACUUCAUUUGUGAGCAGGACUUGUAUGCUCUGAAGUCUAUCAAGAUUCCAGUCAAGGCCCAUGGGGUGUUAACGGAGACCAGCAAAGAGUUAAAACCUCCUCAGAAUGCGCCUUCCCGGGCUGGAAUGACACUGAUUGAACUACCAGAGCCUGAUGAUGGAGCCACCAGCAGCAGCAGCUAUAGUGAAAGCAGAGACCUGACUGACUACUUCAAGGGGAUUGACCAGACCAUUGAGGAUGUAGUGCAAUCCAAAGUCCAUUUAAAUGCAGAUUACUGCAUAGGCGCACCAAACUGCCCCCGCUCCGGUUUAGUGGGGCAGAAGGAGCCCAGUAAUGGUGCAGACUGUGGAAUCCAGUGGUGGAAUGCAGUUUUUAUCAUGCUUUUGAUAGGAAUAGUCUUGCCAGUAUUUUAUAUUGUCUAUUUUAAAACACAACAGACUGGGGCUGCAGCCCAUACCUCAAACACAACCUUUGCCUCUAAUAGCUCAGCUCAUGAAUUGGGGGGGGAAUUGUCACAGCACCUACUGGUCGUAGAAACCCCCAAAGCGAAGAUACAGCCCAGUACUGCCUCACCGUCCAACACUGAUACCCAUAAACCAGUAACUCUGACCUUACUGGAUUCAGGUGGCUAAUUUUUUUUUAAAGUGAGCUAAUGAUCUUGACUGAACACAGGGUGACGUGUUUUCUCUGAAUGAAUAAAGAUGUUUUGUAGCUUACCACGUGCAACAGACAUUUGCGUUUAUCAACCCUUCCAAGGGAAAGUAGCUUGCCCUAAUUUACUUUUAUUUGUUUCAGGUACCUCUCAAGAGUGGCCUUGUCUAAAAAUCUGAACUAGGCAGACACGUCAGAGUGUGUGCUCUUAAAUACUGCAUGGGUUAUUGAUUGGAAUAAUGCAGUCUAAUAGCACAUGAGAAGACACAUUUUGUAUGGAUGGAGCAUUUUUUCCCCCACAACAACUUAAAACAACAUUUUUCAUUCUCUGGCAGAACCGAGUGGGCCCCGCCUGUUUAACCCUACGUAUGCCUUUCUAGCUUGAUAGACUAGCUCUGGUACGUGGCACUGUUAAAACUAAGCAGGACACUGGAUACUCUUAUCAAUGACAGUAUUAAGCUAACUUGUGCUAGAUUGAUGGAGGGUCUUAGCCUGCUGUGAGCGCCAUGGAGGCAAGGAUCUGCCUGUGCAGGGAGGCCCUGUGACUUCAUUUGGGCUCCAUGCAGGUACCCAGAGCUCUCUGCAGGAACCGGCCCUCAGGUCGGUUAUUCCUCAGUAAAAGCCUUUGCUCAAUAGUGAUAGCAAAAGUUCUCUUCAGCCGCAGAGUCCAGCCUGCCAGCAACCUGCAGUGGCCGACUCAGCCUUAAAGGCAUCUUGAGAUAGCGUCACUAGUCGGUAAUCCCUUUGUCUUUGCACGGUGAGCUAUCUCCAGCACUGCAUUUCAGCCUUGCAAGUGUUGUUGCUCUUAGGAGUUUAAGCUAGAUGGGUCAGUGAGGAGUUUUUCCAUUUUGUACAGUAAUCAAAAGUCAGGGGAAACAACCCCCAGCUAUUUUAGGAGUUCAGGAGGAGCAUAACUUGUACAAACCUGGUGUAGGCUAAUUUUAGGCAUUUUUAGGGCCUGUGUAGAUAGUCAGUCAUGUUUCUGAUCACCCAUCUCCAUGCAGAGAUAAGGUCUCUUGCGUGAGGCCAGAGCCUAAACCGUUCUUGAUGCAUUCUGGUCUGUUGAACGGAGGCCCACAGGUAUCGGGUAUAUUUUUCAAAGAUUUGUUUACAAUGAAUGCUAAAUGUAAAUGUUUACAGUAUAUGCGAUAAAUAUGGAGGAAGACUAAGCUUUGGGUUGUUUGAAUCUGCAGUAAAAACCUCUUACGUGGUGUAG